AUGUCAAGGAGUGGUGGCAAGCAGAUAGAGGGCGAUGGGGCUGUCCUUGAGCAGGGUGGCAGGAGACAGUUGGCGGGUGGCGCAACAGGGAGAAUGGAAUUGCAAGAGGCUUUCGGCAUUGGCGAGGAGGGAGGCAACUUGCACCUGUGCAACAGGCGCCAAGCAAACGUCGACAAGGAGGUAGGCGGCUUGGGCAGCAAGUGCCUGGCGGGUGUCGGUGAGGAGGCAGACUGCUUGGCAACAGCAGGCUCUGCAGGUGCGAGCGUUGCGAGUGUGGGUGUUGCAGGCACCUCUGGCAUUGGUGUGCUGGGGCUGGCACGGGCAAGCGCAAGUAGGGGUGCAGGAGCUGGCGGGGUCGUGGUUGCGGUCGUGGAUCUUUGGAGCCAUCAAAAGAUUUCACGGUUUGCAUCUUGA